UGCCGCGAUAGCAAAAAAACGAAACUCAAAAAUGGUCAAGCCCCUAAACACGCAGUUUUCUUUUCGGUCCACCGAUUUGCUUCCUUUAUAGGAGGCAUCAUGGCUGCUGCUGAGAAGUUGCGAGAGGAAGCUACGUGCUCCAUUUGCUUGGAGUAUUUCAAGGAACCGGUGUCGCUAGACUGCGGGCAUAAUUUCUGUCACGCCUGCAUCAUUCAGUGUUGGGGUUCCUUUGGAAGUUAUGCUUGUCCUGAAUGCCGGGAGGCAACCCCGAAGAGAAAUUUCCGGACUAACAGGUCGCUGAAGAACGUGGUAGAACUAGUGAAAACCCUGACGCUGGAGGCUGCCGAAGCCCCGCGGGGAGAGAAGGGCGUCUGCAAGAAGCACCAGGAGCCCCUGAAGCUCUUCUGCCGGAACGAUGAAACGCCGAUCUGUGUCAUCUGCAGGGAAUCCCGCGACCACCAGUCUCAUGUGGUGCAUCCCAUAGAAGAGGCUGCCCAGGAUUAUAAGGAACAAAUCCAGACUGAACUCCAGAAACUGAAGAGAAAGAGAGAAAAGUUUGAGGAGAAACAAUUGGAAGGCCAAGCUACUAUUAAAGAGCAUCUGAAAAAAAUUGAAGUUGAAUGCAAUGCAACUGUGUCGGAAUUCGAGAAACUGCACCAGUUUGAACAGGAGCAAAAACAUCUCUUCCUGGGAAAGCUGAAAGAGCUGAAGAAGGCGAUGGAAAAUGAGCAGGCCUCAAAGGCAGCCAACCUCUCUGAGGAGAUUGGCCGUCUCAACACACUGAUUGGAGAGAUGGAGGAGAGAUGGCAGCAGCCAGGAAGUGAAUUUCUACAGGACAUCAAAGGUUUCUUGAGAAAGGACACCACUCCUUCAGCCACAUCUCACCAGGAAUUAACAGGCAGUCUGCCUUUGCAAGCUGCGGGUUUGUCUGUGCAGCUGCUCAGCCAGUCUUUUUCGGCCCCAAGCCUCUUUGGGGGAUUGGUCUCCUUCGGGAAGUUGGCCACAGCCCCUACUGAGGUGUCUGGAAUGACAGCCAUGAUGGCCUCUGUACCGUCUGGUACUCCAGCCCCAACGCCAUUUGUGAUAGAACCCAGGUUAACCAAAAUCCAGGAGCCUGUGAACAAUUCUGAUCCUGAGCAAAGACUUCAUGCAUACUCUCAGAUGAAUGUGGCGCUACGACGGGCCCUGGCACAAUUCAAAGGAACAGUUGCAUCCCUGUUAGAUGAAUAUGGAAGAUCAAAGAUCAAUAUGUCUCCUCAGCUGGGAAGAAUAGGAAACGGUCAUGUUUUUAAAUCAUCCUGGAAGUUCACAAAUGAACCGAUAUUUCAAUUCCAAUCGCCAAGUGACACAGUUGAAGAUUGAUGGAAGAAACGAGCCUUAACAAAGAAAAUAGAGCAGCUGCUUCCAUAAUUGCACUCUUUCAAUAAGUUACAUAGUUGGCUCUCAUAACCCAAACUGAAGAAAACAUAAUUCUGUAAUAAACACUGCCUUUCUGUUCUAUAUGGGCUCCCAAUUUAAUUGACAAUAUAAGUGUAUUUUAAAAAAUCAGAAAACCAGUCCAAUGGUAACACGCACGAAUGCUAACAAUAAAAAGCAGGAGCAGUAAAGGAAGUUGGAAUUAUGAUAAAAGCAGCAUUAAGAGCAGCAAAAUAAUAUCUUAUCAGGACCCUUAAACACCCAUGAAGAGAAAAAGGUAGGCUUUUGAAGGGAAUUUGCUUGAUAAGUCUUCAUGUAGAAGGCGAAAAUAUUGUUAGACCAGUGUGGAGUAGUGGUUAGAGCAUUGGACUGGGAGUCGGGAGAUCCAUGUUCUAGUCCUCACUCGGUCAUGAAGCCCACUGGCUGACUUUGGGCCAGUCACUGAUUGUCAGCUUAAGCUACCUCAUGGGGGGUUUGUGAGGCUAAAAUGGAGAGGAGGAAAAUGUAAGACACCUUGGGUUUCUUGCAAAAGGAAAAAAAAGGCAGGAUAUCUCUGGGCCUGUUCAGAAAACAUCUUAAACCCUGCUGGUUAAGGCUUUUGGUUCAGCAGCAGGGCUUCAGGUGUCUUGUGCGGUGCGUUUUGCUAAACCCUGCUCACUCUCUAACCACAGUCAGACCGUCUGCAACAGGGUUAGCGGCUCUAACCAUGGCUUAAAGUGUUUUGUGUCGACAGCACGGCUUGUGGAUAGUGCUAACCCCAGAGAACCACAGUUUCGCUAACCACAAAGCCUGAAGUGUCAUCUGAACAGGACCAAUGUUAUAAAUAUGUCUGUGGUUUCUACCUCAAUGACUGGGUUUUCACAUAACACUGACCCACAGUGUUGAAUUCUGGGUUCCAAUCCUAGCUGCAUUAACAAAACCCGACUUGUUAAGCACUAACAACCCAGGAAGAGAACCCAUGGUUUGUUGUUGGGGUGUGAACUCUGGCUUUUUAAACCAUGAGGGGAGUUGGAUUUGAUGCCAAAAAAGCGGGGGCAGAAUUCAGUAUGACCUACAUAGAUACAAAAUCAAUAAAAUUAUGUGUCAGACAAAUGCUAAGCCCACAGAAGAAAUCCAAGAGCUUUUCUUUUGGGUGAAAUUCAUAUUUUUUAACAUCUAAGUUGUAUCUACUUUUUCAUAAAGUGAAUAGCGACCUUUCUGCUUGUUUCUGCCUCUUCUUUAUUUUACAUCUUUAUUUCUCAAAAACUUGUGCACACAUUAGGUGGGGUUUAAUCAUUAAUGUUUGUGUGAUACCUUAGAGGCUGUGGGGUAGACCCCAAAGACUGUGGGGUCUUUGGGAUGUCGAGGAAAUCAAGCUGGGUGGUUCUUUUACUAUGCCCAUAAGUAUAGGAAAAUAGCUCUAUAAAUCAUUAGCUAUAUAAACCAUGAAGUUCAUGGCUUCCUGCUUCAUAUUUUUAAUGCUGAAAUUGCUUUCACGAUUAAGCUGAUGCUGAAACCAUGUCACAAGACAGACGGUGUCCACUCCAGCAGUGAGAGGGUGGAGUAAGAUGUCUGCAAAGCAAGAUAACCGAAAAAGAAACAGAUGGAGAUGUUUUUCCUGUAGCUGUUGCAAUACCCAUAUAUGUAGUGUCUUCUAGUCAGAGAAGUAUUCAAACUCUGUACAUGCCUAAAUGCUUAGCUUCUCAUUGGUUAUUACAUUACAGAGCUGUAUUAUGAUUGGUGGGAAAGUUCUGCCAUUGUAUCUAAGGGGAACUGACCCUAUAAAUAAGUUAGCCUUUCCUGAAAUUAUUGGGCAGUUCCUCAGGUCUUCUGAGACUGUCACCCUGCAGCGCUGCUUGUAAUAAACCUUCUAAAGAGAAAGAAA